GGGGAAAACCGAGCGGCGGCACUCGACGAGUACUGUUGUCAGAGUAUUCAGUAAUGCUUUGCAUGACCAGCCAGUCAGUAGUGGGCUUGUUGGUGAGAGUCGUGUCGUUUACUCGAAGUGAUCGUGUGGUGUUACUUGACGAGAUAGUCAGGCGGUAUUCUAAAACACGACGUACAAGCAAACAGCGACAAAUACAGCUACAAACGUGAGUGCAUUUCGUGAGACUGUGAGAAAGAAAACGAACAGAGCGUUUCACGGAGCGCACACCGACGGUGGAGCUUCGAUUUCACGUACUGUUUUUUCACUGAAAACAAAAAACCAUAGCGCUACACUGUGUAUGGUACACGAGCGAUCCAAGAUGCUGUCGUCAGUGCCAGCGAAAUAAUAAUGUGGUGCGACGUUAGUCAGAGUUGUGCAAUGAUGGGUCUGCAGGCCACGGCAGGGAAACGUAAACUGGAGGGAGGUGUGGGCUGCAUGGAGUUCGACAUGGAUAUGGGCGAAAGCCCAUCGAAGUUAGGCCGAGUGGAGGGUAGCUGGUGGGCGAUGGAGGAUAGUUACACGCCUCCGCUUAGCCAAACACCGGCUUCUUAUUACGAUAUGGAAGUGAGUCCGCCUUGCCUGCAGACAAAUCCUUGUCAACCAACAUCGACGAGUCCUCAACAACAGCAACAACAACAGCAACAUCAAACGGCACAGCAACAACAGCAACAAUCAUCGACACCAACGUCAGCGCCUCCACCGUCUACGGUGGCGCACCUACACCAUCAUCCGCAGCACUACUAUCACCAUCAACGUGGACCUACUAGUCCGGUCGGUAAUAAUGGUUACAGUCAGCUGUCGAGGCCUCAGCCGCAAUGGGGAGCGCCUCAUCAUUAUGAACCUCCAACGAUACGGCGAGAAGAAAACGGAAAAAGUUACUUGGAGCUUGGAUCUAGUUAUCGAGCAAAUGAUAGAUGCUGCGAAGGUUCGAGGUCAAGUUGGUGUCGACGUGGCAGAGCGUGUUAUAGACAAAGGCGGCUAGCCGUAUUAAAUAUUUCAAUGUGCAAGCUGGCGAGGUAUCGCCAAUUUCCGGAUCCGAGCCUUCAUCGAUCGGUUCUCAUCUGCAACACAUUGAGGCAUCUAGAACGCGAAAUGGAGAGGGACAGAAGUCCACCGCCCAUGGAGCCAGUUAUACCAGCACCUAUUGCUCAACUUCAACCUCCUGAGCAGGGCAGGUUAACGCCAUUUCCAAUGCCACCAACGUCUUCAAACGAGACAGACGUCGAUUCUGGUAUCGGUGAUAGCGAUGAUAGUCGUUCGAUUAACUGGGGCAGUGUGCUAUCUCUUUCGAGUCAGUCGCCCUUAGAUCCACUAAACAACAACGAGUUACUGGAUGUCGAUAUUGGUCCGGAUCUAGAUUUAGACUUCAUGCCUGGAUGGAAAUUGACACCUCUGUCUGCGGACGAUAUUCUUAGGAGUACAACGGCGCAAGAACAACAACAUCAGCAACACCAUCAUCAUCAACAACAGCAACAACAGCAUCUGGUGUCAACCAGCGGUAGCUGUGCCAAUAGCAAUGUGGCCAGUGCCUGCGUUAGUACUGGAAGUAGCAGUAGUACGCACGAAUCGUUAAUGUGCGUUGGAUCAUAGCCCCCAAUUUUGACAUCGUUGAGUCAUCUCAUCGAUUUUUACCCACUGAUGCCGCAGAGCAAAUAAGUAUGCGGCAUUUACAAAGAACCACAAAUCAAGAUGUAGAGACGACGCAGUCGCCCGCCUCACGAAUUAUUUGCAACGCCUGGUCGGCGAUUCUCCAGGAGGUCUUCUUUUUCUUAUUUAUUACCAUUCGUGUCAAUUACGCACCGAUCGAUUAUCUCGAUUACGUUCUACUUCGUAUUACAUCGGUAACCAGCAUGGGUGGUCUACUCCUUAUGGGCGAGGAGGUAUGAGACGUGAUACCUCCUGUGUUCGCAGGUGCAACUGGUGCAGAAUUCAUGGCCCAUUGGAAAUAUUUAAAAUUCAAAGGAAAUAGAGGUGAUUACAAUUUUUAAACCGACGAGUACCUAAACUCACGUUGUUUCAAUGAUAUUUAUUUACUAAUAAUUUAAUAUUUUAUACUUUGUUAUUAUAAUUAUAUUAGAUUUUAAAAUUAUUUACUAUCGAUUUAAUAGAAAUUAUUUAAAUCUUUUUAUUAUACAUACAUAUAUAUAUAUACACAUAAUAUAAUAUAUAUAUAUAUAUAUAUAUAUACAUAAUAUAUAAUAUAUAUAUGUGUGUGUGUGUGUAUGUGUGUGUGUGUGUGUGUGUAAGAAAUAUAUUUUCAUAUUCGAAUGAAUUAUAAUUUUUAGUUAACGAACAACGCGAGAUCGGGUCCUCAUCCGGAUCAUCAUCAACGACCACCUCGAAACGAGCCUGGUUAUACUAUAUCGAAACGAUCUGUUUUUGCAGCUGCACCUGCGAAUUCAGCGGCACAUGUAUGAGUUCCCGAGUCGCUCGAAAUGUCGCCACCGGCACGUCAGACAGAAAGAAAUAGAAUGAGAGAAUGAAAAAAGAGGGAGAAAAGGGGGGAAGAGAGCGAGAGAAAUAGAGUGAGAGAGCGACAGGGAAAAAGAGAGAAAGUGAAAAGAGCUCAAUGUUCACGCCCCCGGGCCGGCGAUACGGUAGGACAAGUACCUACAGGACCUAUGUAGACUUCUUCUUCGACUCUUUAAAACAACGAUGACAAACGGCACGGUACUUCGACAGACUGGAAAAAAAAAUCUCUUCUUUCUACAUUUCUUAAUUUUCUUUUAAUUUUUAAAAUUUUUUUAUUUUUCCUUUUUUUUUUCUAUAAUUGAUUCGAACAGCGCGAUAUCGCUUGCCUAGCUGGCUGACGUUGAGAACUCUUCGGCAAUGCCUUGGCGUCGUUUGCGACAGCCAGUCGAAAAGGGAGUGUCCAUCAUCAUCGAUCGCUGUUUUCUCUUUGGAUUAGAAAGACUAUCCAGGCGACGAUUAAUUAAUGCCAUACACUGUAAUACACUAACGAUACAUUACACGCGUAAGACAUAACCGCCGUGGCCUAUACCGUACACUGAUAAAUACAUACACAUACACACGCGCGUAUACACCCACAUAUAAAUAUACAUACAUAUGUAUAUGUACAUCAGACAGAUAUACAGGUUCGUACACAGAAAAGUCGAUAUAUGGUGCUAGGACGAUCACACCCUGGUGCUUAAUUCUGUACACACAGAGCCAUGUGCGUAAAUUCGCACGGAUCGCCUGCAGCCUUCGUCGAGGAGUCUAGAUACGUCCUGACGUCGUGAACAGAACAUAGAUGGUCGAACAUAUUUCCAUUGUGUGAUAUCCGAUACGAAGUGAAAUUAAUUAUAGUAGCAUCAAUAUCGUUCCUGAAUUCUCGAAGGCUUUCGACGAUUAUUAAGGGAAUAUCAUGCGCCGAUGGAGAUAUGUUUAGUGAAAAUGCGUACUAUGUUCUGACGCACGAUGCUAACAAAUGUACCUGCAUUUUAGAGAUCGGGAUAAAUAUCGGUUCCUUCGUAUCAUCGCACGUAGGCCACUGCGCGCCACUGAUCUCCCGUUAAUAAUAUGUACCAUAAUACUAUUGUAAAAUAGAGUGGCCGACGAGCAAAGAACGAAGGGAGCCAAUAAACUUGGGGUGUGGAACGGAGAGAUUAUUAAGAGAGAAGAAAAAAAAAAAUAAUAAAAUAAAACUCGACGAUACGCACUUCGCGAAGAGGAAUGGCGAUCCGCGCGCGAUCUCGUCCUCAACGUCCACUAACUGAACUCAAAAGAGCAGCUAUACUUAAAUCGAAGUUAAGCGUUGUAAAGCGAAUUUAAAAACGAACGAUAAAGCGAUAUACAAUAAUUUAUAAAUCGACUGAUUACUUGCGUGAGGGAAAUGAAAAAAGAUAGGAAAAAAAGAAAAAACAAGAAAGAAAGAAACGAAAAAAAGAAAACUCUACUGGUAACAUUUCACGAGUUGAUUUAAAACUGUAAUUAAUUCAAUAUUAAGCCGACAUAUACACUAACACGAGACACAUACCAUACAAAAAAUCCAUUCGUAACAUGCGAUAUUUGUAUACAGAAAUACAAAGAACACGAAAUGUACAUGUUUAUACAUGAAAUACAUUAGAUACUUCGAUGUAUAUAGAUACACACUACGUAUUAAGUCUAAUAAUUGUUAACGCGAACUCAAGUGAAUUCUCGGCAGUUUUCAUUUUUUCGUUCUUUUUUUCUAUUUUUUUUCUCUCUUUUUUUUCAAUUGUUCAUGUUAAAAAAUUUUAAUUUUCUGAUUUUUAUUCUAUUGUCAUCUUGUAUUCGAUUCAAUGUUGAUUUACGCUACACUAAUCAUCUCAUCUUUAUUUCGUUCAUUAGUUCCUCUCUCAUUUUGUACAAAAAAAAAACAACGAGCAAUAUUACUUUAACGGUGCAGAAAAUCUAGGGAAAAAAAAAAAAAGUAUAAGUGUAUCGAUUUCGAAUGAUAUGUGAACUUUUUCAAACAUGUAAUGGGGACAAAUUUCUGUAUGUUAGACUAUACUCGAUUGAGAAUAUAAAUGUGAGAACAUAGUAGAAAAUACUACAAAAUAUUGGAAAAAUAAUAAUAUGUAUGGAUCAACAGAAAUUUAAACUUUAAUGCCCAAUUUAAUCAAUUUUAAAGAACAAUAGUAAUUUAUGAUCAAAAAUAUUUUAACGAAAUAUAAAAAAAAUAGGGAAAGAUGUUCUCAUUACGUUUUUCUAAGAUUGCAAGUCGUUCGAAUUCCGUGCACAAUUCUAUUCUACAACCGUAUGAAAAUGUUAAAACUCAACAGCACAUUUAUACACAAAACACACAUACAUACGCGCACGAUGUUGUGUGAAAUUACAAUGCGCGCUCGAUAUGAAUGUACGGGGACGUUUUAGGAUGGUUCAAUGUUGUUUUCUUGCAUGGUGUACCAAUCAGAAACAGCGUGAAAUUUAAAGCACGUGACACAUAUACACGAGAUACACCAACGUAUGCUAGAUUGUUAAAGAAAUUCGUCCAUCGCGUUGAUGCAUCUCUCAAGUAUGCCUUUUCGUGUUUUACGAUCGCAGCGCUACCUCAUUGGCUUGGUGUUCUGUAUCGCGACACAAAUAGCGCCUUAAGAUUUCUCUUUCGAUACAUGUUAAUACAUUAAAAAGUUCUGAGAAGUUAAUCAGAAAACCAACAUUAAUGUACAAUUACAAUUAAUGUAUCGGAAUUUUAUUGAUAUGAAAAUAAAAAAAUCACAAAUCACAAAGAAA